GUUGUAUAUCCUAUCGGCUCAAACUUUUCAGAAAGUGAAACUUCAACCUGAAACUACCUACGAUUGGACUGCAAUAGCAGCCGCGUCGUGGCUCGUGUAAAGUUAAUAACCAACCGGUCUCGUGACUGCGAGUGUAUAGGAAGGGAAAUAAAUAGGUGUGGAUUUUUUAUUCAUUAAGAGUAAGGCAUCAUCUACAGCAAUGAGCAAUAAAGGUUGCUGUGUUUCACUGGCGCAGUGUUUUUUCGACUACUACACGGCAAAAAUAUUGGUGAUACGAAGUAGGAAAGUGGGAACGCUGAACAGAUUCACACAAGCUUUAGUGAUAGCGUAUGUCAUCGGGUAUGUUUGUGUUUGGAAGAAAGGCUACCAGGACACGGACACAAUCCUGAGCUCUGUCACGACUAAAGUAAAAGGCAUUGCUCUUACAAACACUACAGAGCUGGGUGAACGGAUCUGGGAUGUCGCAGACUACAUCAUACCACCACAGGUAGUCCGUCGAUAUGAUGAAGAGGAGGAAGAUGGCUCAUUUUUUGUGUUGACCAACAUGAUCAUCACCCCUAACCAAACACAGUCAAAAUGCGCUGAGAUUCCAAUCUCAACAUCACGGUGCAACUCUCACAGGGAUUGCAGGAGAGGCUUCAAUGAUGCCCGUGGCAAUGGUGUUCAGACAGGUAGAUGUGUCCCUUUUUCUGACAAAGAGAAAACUUGUGAGGUGUUGGCAUGGUGUCCCAUCGAGAGGACUGGAGAACCUCCAGAUCCACCACUCCUGGCAGAUGCAGAAAACUUCACUGUGCUCAUAAAGAAUAGCAUCCGGUAUCCUAAAUUUAACUUCAACAAAAGAAACAUCCUACCGGAUAUAAACAGCACCUACCUAUCGGAAUGUGUAUUUAGCCGUGAGACUGACCCUAACUGUCCAAUCUUCAGACUCAAAGAUAUUGCUGAGGAGGCUCAGGAGGAUUUUCAGACAAUGGCAGUCCAUGGAGGAGUGAUGGGUGUGCAAAUCCGGUGGGAUUGUGACCUUGAUAUGCCAGAGAGCUGGUGCGUGCCCCGUUACACUUUCCGCAGACUAGACAACAAAGAUCCGGAUAAUAACGUGGCCCCAGGAUACAACUUCAGGUUUGCUAAAUAUUACAAGGAUAGUGAUGGCAAGGAAGUCAGGACAUUAAUCAAGGGAUAUGGAAUUCGCUUUGAUGUCAUGGUAUUUGGUGAGGCAGGAAAAUUCAACAUAGUACCAACACUUCUGAAUAUUGGUGCAGGUUUGGCACUUUUAGGCCUGGUGACUGUUAUCUGUGAUUGGAUUGUUCUGACAUUCAUGAAAAGAAAGCAGCAUUAUAUAGGGCAGAAGUAUACAUACGUAGAUGACUAUGGACUUUUAGCUGAUGAAGAAGAAACAUAGAAGAUCUUCAGAUAUCAAGCAUUCACUUCAUGUAUAGCACAAACUGUCUUCGACUACACAAAUAAAUCAUGUUGUUUGUAAUAUACCUGCUUACAUAUAGUACCAUUACUACAUUUAUUGUACUAAAAAGUGACCAGUAUUACCAUCGAGAUUGACUGUGUUUGCUAGGUGAACAGAUGCAGCCAUUCCGAUUGAAACUCAGGGAAUCAGCCAUUGAAAAACAAUAAAUGCAUUUGAUUAUAA